GACGGCUCCUCAGCGUCCGGCCGCGGCUCUGCGGGCUCCAGCGGUCAUGUCGGCGCUGAGGCGGCUGGGGCCUUUCCUUCGCGAGGGAGGUCGGCGCUUCCUGGAGGGUCCGAGCGAGCGGACUGUUGGUCGCGGCAUUGGAGGAGUCCGGCAUGCUGGAGAUGGUGUACACAUUCAGCCCCGCUACCGGCAGUAUCCCCAUCUUACAAAAUCUCAGAUCUUCCAAUCCGAGCUGUUAAGUGCGACAAUGUGGUUUUGGAUUCUCUGGCGUUUCUGGCAUGACUCGGAUGCUGUAUUGGGUCAUUUUCCCUAUCCAGAUCCUUCUCAGUGGACAGAUGAAGAACUGGGUAUUCCCCCUGAUGAUGAAGACUAAGGCAAUGUCAUCACCACUACAAGUAGGUGCUACCAAGCACCUC